AUAUACAAGUUACCACACCUUAAUUGGGGAGGAGAGGAGGGUUUCAUUUUUAGGCAUUUGGAUUGUUAUUGCUCUCCCAAAUUCCCAAUUACACUACACGACUCUAUUCAUUAUCCCCACUCUCCUCGGCGCCGGCCUCGCCCUCUCUUCUCCGGCCUCAACUUACGGUGCUACCAUUGUUGAGCACCAUAAUUCUGAGAAGUUGGGGCAGAGUCUGUUGUAGCCUGUCUCUUCCGGCCCGACUACCUCCACACUUUGCAAAAUUCCACUCACAAGUUUUGACGGAAAUUGAACCCCAACAAGUCAUCUUGAAGCGGAUUCGAUCCAUCCAUAUCAAUCUCUUGUGGACAUUUUCUGAUAAGGAUUAUUAAUACAGAGGUUUUACUUGUACAUUGGGAAUUUAUGGUCUUUUUCUUCUCCAAUUUACAAUUUCACAAGUUGAAUUCAUACCAUUUGUAGAGUUAUAACUGUUCACCUAUUGAACCUUGUGUAGCUAUGUUUGUGUUCUUGUUCAUAUUCGCUCAUUUUGUAAUAAGCCUAUAAAUAAAAUAUUUCAGCAAUCAUGAAUGGUGCUUGUAAAAAACUCUCAAUGUUGAUUCAGAGGCAAUUCCAGUUGCGCAAUGUAUCUCAUAGUCUUCAUCUUCUUCAUCAUCAUCAACCUCGCAAUGGGCCAACUGAAAGUUUAAAGCAGAAAGUUGCAGAAAGGGAGAAGAAGAGGAAGAAGAUCAAGAAGAAUGAUGCGUUUGUGGUGUUGGUUCCUGAGGGUCUGAAGUACCUUGACACGCCGACUCUGCCCAUGACCUUAACUUUCAUUGGGAUCGCCAUUGCUGCAAAGCUCCUUUAUAUGUAUGAAUAUAGUGAUACAAAAGUACAAGAGAGGAUUGAGAAGCAAAUAGAGGAUGCUCCUGAGGGUCAAGGCACAGUCAGGAUGCUAACUCGUGAAGAGUGGGAAGCAAUUCAGGAAGUGAGGCCCAGGACUCCAUUUGAAUCCAAACUUGCCCGUCCAAAUGCACGAAUAAGAACGGGUGAACCAUUACGCAAGGAAGAUGUGAAAGACUGGACUAUUGAUGUGCUCACGGACGCUCUUACCCGAGUCGAAGAAAGUGUGAAAAACAACUGAUAGGUACUUGUUCAACAUGUUAAGUUACAGUUACAAGUUAAGAAUUGAAAUUAUGAUACUGUUGUUUAAUACAACAUAGGUAUACAUAACCAUGGAUGGAUCAUUUCAUAUGAUUGCCUAGACCAUUUGUGGAGUCUUUGCUGCAUCAUAACUAGUCAAAAAAGAAAUUGGAUAAGUUCAAAAAGAGAAAUUCUGGUAGUUAUUGGCUUUUUUUUUUCUUGGUCUCUGUGAAUAGAGAUGAUUAUAAUGUAGUAGGAUUUGCUAGCAAUAUGAUACAACAUUUGCCAUAAAUAUAAAUGCAAAUUUAUUGCCUAUUAUAAA